ACUUAGCGGAGGGGCUGUCCGUGUUAUCAGCACCAGGUGGUUACACAGGAAACCAGCCCCAGCUUGGACUCUCAUCAUGCUUGCUACUGAGGACACCCUUGAGACAGCCAUUUGGGCACUGCUUCAUUUCAAGACUCUGCUGCUGGCUGCUGUCACCUUCAUGCUCUUGGCUUACUAUCUCAAAACCCGGAGACCCAAGAACUACCCACCAGGACCCUGGCGCCUGCCUUUUGUGGGCAACUUAUUCCAGUUGGAUUUUGAGCAGCCACAUGUAGUGAUUCAGCAGUUUGUGAAGAAGUAUGGAAACCUAACUAGCCUGGACUUUGGUAACAUUCCUUCAGUAGUAAUAACUGGACUGCCCUUGAUCAAAGAAGUCUUCACUAAGAUGGAACAAAACUUUUUGAAUCGUCCUGUUACACCUAUCAGAAAACGUGUCUUUAAUAACAAUGGAUUGAUCAUUUCCAAUGGCCAGACAUGGAAGGAGCAAAGAAGGUUUGCACUGAUGACACUCAAGAACUUUGGAUUAGGGAAAAAGAACUUGGAGCAGCGCAUACAGAAGGAGGCUGACUGUCUUGUGGAGGCCAUGGGAGAGGAGAAAGACAUUGAAUCAUUUUCUCAAAAUCUGAACAUCUUAAGCUUAUAUCUCUACAAUGUCUUUCCAUCCAUAAUUCAAUAUGUUCCUGGAUCACAUCAAACAGUUUUGAGAAACUGGGAAAAACUGAAAUUGUUUAUUUACCAAAUUAUGGAGAGUCACCGGAAAGAUUGGAAUCCUGAUGAACCGAGAGACUUCAUUGAUGCUUUCCUUACAGAAAUGUCAAAGUACCGAGACAAGACUACUACAAGUUUCAAUGAAGAAAACCUCAUCAACACCACCCUGGACCUCUUCUUUGCUGGAUCAGAGACAACAACUAGCACACUGCGUUGGGCUCUGCUCUACAUAACUACAAACCCAGAAGUGCAAGAGAAAGUACACUCUGAGGUUGACAGGGUGAUUGGACAUGGAAGACAGCCAACCAUAGAUGACCGAGACUCCAUGCCCUACACCAAUGCAGUGAUCCAUGAGGUGCUGAGGAUGAGCAACAUCAUCCCCAUGAAUGUUCCCAGGGAAGUAGCAGCUGAUAGCACACUGGCCGGAUUCCACCUGCCUAAGGGCACCAUGGUUCUGACCAAUUUGAUGGCUCUUCAUAGGGACCCCAAAGAGUGGGCCACUCCAAAUACCUUCAAUCCGGAGCACUUUUUGGAGAAUGGGCAGUUUAAGAAGAGAGAAUCUUUUCUGCCAUUCUCAUUGGGAAAGAGAGCUUGCCCUGGAGAACAACUAGCCAGAUCUGAGCUGUUUAUUGUCUUCACUGCUCUUAUGCAAAAAUUUACCUUCAAGCCUCCAAUAAAUGAGAAGUUGAGCCUGAAGUUCAGAAUUGGCCUCACACUUUCUCCAGUCAGCCAUCGCAUCUGUGCUGUCCCUAGACAUUGAUGCUGGAGAAGCAAAGAGAAAGGAAGGAAGAAAUGACAUGCACUUUCAAACCACUUGUGCCUACCAACAUAGGAGGAGACAGGAUGAAGGUGAUGGA